AUGUCUCGCAAAAAGGAACCUGUUGUCGAAGGACUUUCUGCUGCCGAAGCAAAAGUAAGAGCUUCCAGCGAAAUUGUAAAGGAAUUAUUAAAAGCCUAUGAUAGUAAUGAAACAGUUGUGAUGGCAAAAGUCAGAGCACGUAUUUCACGUAAAUAUAAAUUAAAAACAGGACCAAAAUUAGUAGAAAUUAUUGCAGCCAUUCCGGAGGAACAUAAAUCAAAAUUAUUACCACUCUUGAAGGCCAAACCAAUCCGUACAGCCAGUGGUAUUGCUGUUGUUGCUGUAAUGUGUAAACCUCACAGAUGUCCUCAUAUUGCCAUGACAGGAAAUGUUUGUUUAUAUUGUCCUGGUGGUCCUGACUCUGAUUUUGAAUACUCUACACAAUCUUAUACAGGUUAUGAACCUACUAGUAUGAGAGCUAUUAGAGCUCGUUAUAACCCAUAUCUUCAAACUAGAAAUCGUAUUGAUCAAUUGAAGAGACUUGGUCACGAUUGUGAUAAAGUUGAAUUCAUCAUCAUGGGUGGUACAUUUAUGAGUUUGGAAAAGGAAUAUCGUGAUGAAUUUAUUAGAAAUUUACAUGAUGCUCUCUCCGGUCACACCAGUUCAAGUGUCGAAGAAGCAAUCAGAUAUAGUGAACAAAGCAAGCAAAAGUGUAUUGGUAUUACUAUUGAAACAAGACCUGAUUAUUGUUUAAAGCCACACAUUUCUAAUUUAUUGGAAUAUGGUUGUACCAGACUUGAAAUUGGUGUUCAAUCUAUUUAUGAAGAUAUUGCUCGUGACACAAAUCGUGGUCACACUGUUGCUUCUGUUAAACGUUCUUUCACAUUGGCAAAGGAUCAAGGUUACAAAAUUGUUGCUCAUAUGAUGCCUGACUUGCCAAACUCUGACAUGGAAAGAGAUAUUCUUGGAUUUAUUGAAUAUUUUGAAAAUCCUGCAUUUAGAACUGAUGGUCUUAAACUUUAUCCAACAUUGGUUAUUAGAGGUACAGGAUUGUAUGAACUGUGGAAGACAGGACAAUACAAGAAUUAUUCACCUGAUUCAUUGGUUGACUUGGUUGCUAAAAUCAUGUCACUUGUUCCUCCAUGGACAAGAGUUUACCGUAUUCAACGUGAUAUUCCAAUGCCUCUUGUUACAAGUGGUGUUGAAAAGGGUAACUUGAGAGAAUUGGCUUUGGCUAGAAUGAAAGAUUUGGGUUUGAAAUGUCGUGAUGUCAGAACUAGAGAAGUUGGUAUUCAAUCUAUUCACACUAAGAUUAUUCCUGAUGAAGUUGAACUCAUUAGAAGGGAUUAUUGUGCUCAAGAUGGUUGGGAAACUUUCCUUGCUUAUGAAGAUGCUGCUCAAGAUAUUUUAAUUGGUUUAUUACGUUUGAGAAAAUGUACUCAAACUGAUACUACUUUCCGUAAGGAAUUGAAGAAUGACCAAAUUGCCCAAGCAAGUAUUGUAAGAGAAUUACACGUUUAUGGUUCUGUUGUUCCUGUUCGUGCCAGAGAUCCAACUAAAUUCCAACACAAGGGUUAUGGUACAUUACUCAUGGAAGAAGCUGAAAGAAUUGCCAGAGAAGAACAUGGCAGUCAAAAACUCCUAGUUAUCAGUGGUGUUGGUACUAGACAUUAUUAUAGAAAAUUAGGCUAUGAAUUGGAUGGUCCAUAUAUGAGUAAGAUGCUUGUGUAAAUAUUUAUUAAAAGUUUUUUCUUUC